AAAGCUUUUCCUUUCUUCUCUCUUCUCUCUUCUCUCUUUCUUUCCAUUAAAGCCGUAGAAUUUCAAUCCCCCAGCUCUUCUUCUCUCUUACGACGCUCCUCGGUUUUUCGAAUUCGGGUUUUGGUUUGUAAGCUUCAAAAUCUUUGUUCGUCGAUUUUGUGUUCCUCUGAUUUGAUCUGGUCUGGUCUGAUCUGAUCUGCGUUUUCCCCGCCGAAAGUCCGACAAGUUUCUUUGUCGAGCUCGGCUUCUUCGCAUUUUUUUUAAACCACAUUCAAAAUGACGGUCAGAACUCCUGGAACACCUUCCUCAAAGAUAGACAGGAGCCCAGUUUCAACUCCAGGUGGGCCCAGAGCCAAAGAAGAGAAGAUUGUGGUUACUGUGAGGUUAAGGCCCCUAAGUAAGAGGGAACAAUUAGCCAAAGACCAAGUUGCUUGGGAGUGUAUUGAUGAUAACACCAUUGUUUAUAAACCAGCAUCUCUUGAGCGUUUAGCUCAACCAGCCUCAUUUACGUUUGAUAAAGUUUUUGGUCCCACCUGUUUAACUGAAACAGUAUACGAUGGAGUGAAAAAUGUUGCCUUAUCAGCAUUAAUGGGCAUCAAUGCUACUAUAUUUGCUUAUGGACAAACUAGCAGUGGAAAGACAUACACGAUGAGAGGAAUAACUGAGAAAGCUGUUAAUGAUAUCUACACGCACAUUAUAAAUGCUCCAGAGAGAGAUUUUACUAUAAAAAUUUCAGGACUUGAAAUAUAUAAUGAGAAUGUUAGGGACCUGUUAAAUUCAGAUUCUGGUAGAAACCUGAAGCUUCUUGAUGAUCCAGAGAAAGGUACUGUGGUUGAGAAAUUGGUAGAGGAAACUGCAAAGGAUGACCAACAUUUGAGACAUCUGAUCAGUAUUUGUGAGGCGCAAAGACAAGUUGGAGAAACUGCAUUAAAUGAUACCAGCUCACGCUCACACCAGAUAAUAAGGCUGACAAUCGAGAGCACAGUCCGUGAAAAUUCCGGUUGUGUGAGGUCUUUUGUUGCGAGCCUGAACUUUGUGGAUCUAGCUGGAAGUGAAAGGGCCUCUCAGACACAUGCGGAUGGUGCUAGACUAAGGGAAGGUUGCCAUAUCAACCUCAGCCUGAUGACGCUUACAACUGUAAUUAGAAAGCUGAGUGUGGGCAAAAGAAGUGGCCAUAUACCCUAUAGAGAUUCGAAGCUCACUCGCAUACUGCAGCAUUCACUUGGUGGAAAUGCACGAACUGCCAUCAUAUGCACCUUAAGUCCAGCACUGAGCCAUGUUGAACAAUCUCGAAAUACUCUGUUGUUUGCCUCUCGGGCAAAGGAAGUAACGAAUAACGCCCAAGUGAACAUGAUUGUCUCAGACAAGCAAUUAGUGAAACGCCUGCAAAAGGAAGUGGCGCGACUGGAAGCAGAGCUGCGAACGCCUGAUCCAUCAAGAGAAAAAGAUUUGAAAAUUCAUCAGAUGGAAAUGGAAAUUGAAGAACUGAGACGCCAAAGAGAUCUUGCUCAAUCACAAGUGGAUGAGUUGCGCAAAAAAAUAGAGGAGGACCAGCAGGGUUCAAAUCCAUUUGAAUCACCUAGCCCCUCUGUGAAGAAGUGUCUUUCCUAUUCCAAUGCAUUCUCAACACAUUCGGACACCAAGGAUCUAGGCCGUGUUGAUAAAGCAAGAAGUGUAAUGUUAAGGCAGUCGAUGAGGCAAUCAUCAACUGCUCCUUUCACACUUAUGCAUGAAAUUCGCAAACUUGAACACCUUCAGGAGCAGCUUGGAGAAGAAGCGAAUCGAGCUUUGGAAGUACUACAGAAGGAGGUUGCUUGUCAUAGGCUAGGAAACCAAGAUGCUGCCGAAACGAUUGCUAACCUGCAAGCAGAAAUAAGGGAAAUGCGUGCUGUCCGAUCAGCCCCGAAAGAAGUUGAAGUUGGAACGGGGAUUGCCACAAACAAGAGUGUCAGCGCUAACCUCAAGGAAGAAAUUACAAGACUUCAUUCACAGGGCAGCACUAUUGCAGAUCUCGAGGAGCAGCUAGAAAAUGUUCAGAAGUCUAUAGACAAAUUGGUUAUGUCACUUCCUAGCAAAUAUCAACAGCCCAACACUGAGCCGUCCCCCAAGACCAACAAAGAAUCAAAAAAGAAAAAGUUACUUCCUUUGUCCUCAAGUAAUGCAGCCAAUCGUCAAAAUUUCUUAAGAUCCCCCUGUUCGCCUCUAUCAACUCCUGAUCAAGUUUUGGAGACUGGGAUUUUUGAAAAUAGAGCUCCCGAAAAUGAUGAGAAUGUGUCCAUUGACACUCUGCCAGAGUCUGAGAAGGAGACGCCAACAAAGAGUGAAGAAGGUGGAGAUGUCUCAUCAAAAGAAAACACUCCAGUUUUCCGACGUUGUAGUUCCGUGAACAUGAAGAAAAUGCAGAAGAUGUUCCAAAAUGCAGCAGAAGAGAAUGUAAGAAGCAUAAGAGCAUAUGUAACAGAAUUGAAAGAAAGGGUGGCCAAAUUGCAAUACCAAAAGCAGCUACUUGUUUGCCAGGUCCUGGAGCUAGAGGCGAAUGAAGAAGCUGGUUACGACUUAGAUAAUGAUGAGAAUGCAUGCGAGCCAGAGAAGCCUCAGGUGUCAUGGCAAGUCAGUUUUAAGGAGCAAAGGCAGCAGAUUAUUGAGUUAUGGGAUUUCUGUUUUGUCUCUAUAAUUCAUAGAACACAGUUUUAUUUACUAUUCAAAGGAGAUCCAGCUGAUCAAAUCUACAUGGAAGUCGAGAUGAGGCGCUUGACAUGGUUGCAGCAGCACCUGGUACAAAUUGGGAAUGCAAGCCCUGCUCAUGUGGGAGAUGAGCCCACAAUCUCUCUUUCAUCAAGCAUUAGAGCACUUAGACGUGAAAGAGAGUUCCUUGCAAAGAGAUUGACCUCCCGUUUGACUGCGGAGGAGAGAGAUGUAUUGUACAUGAAAUGGGAUGUCCCACUUGAAGGAAAGCAGAGGAAGAUACAGUUUGUGAACAAACUUUGGACAAAUCCCCAUGAUGCUAGGCAUGUACAAGAAAGUGCUGAAAUAGUUGCCAAGCUAGUCGGGUUCUGCGAAGGUGGCAACAUGUCCAGGGAGAUGUUUGAGCUCAAUUUUUCUCAUCCGUCUGAUAAAAGACCGUGGAUUGCUGGCUGGAACCAAAUCUCUAAUCUGCUUAACUUGUGAUAAAAGAGUAUUUUUUGUUUUCCUAGUUGUUUGUUGUUGUUUUUGUUGAUGUAAUUAUUCCAAAUUCUUAUCUUUUGUAACAUGUAAAAAUUUUGGAGUUUUCCUCCGAAAUCGCCCUCUUUGUGGUGACUGAUUGAGCCACACUAUUGUGAGAUUAUAGUCCAGUGAUUUAAUAGCUGAAUAAACAAAUUUGUUUA